UUGCUUUUGCCUCAAAUCUUCCCUCCCUUUGCAGUUUAAACUUCCUUCUUAUUCUUGUUUAAUUUUCUUCAAACCCAAUCAUCCCAUCUCUCUCUCCAAGUUUUCUUCAGCUUUCGCAUUUCCAACAAUUCUUCCUGCUACAACUUUUCUUGUUUGGAUUCUGGUAUGAUCUUUAAAUUCCAUUUAAUGCUGCGGUGGACAUGUAGCCUUCAUAUUCCAGAGCCUGAAAACUACCCAACAUUAACGCAAAAAAGCUUAGAGUAACCAGUGAACAUUGGAAGAAAAGCUUUUCACUUAUGCUCCACAGGCUCUGAAGGUGCUCAUGGAGAAGAAAAACAAAGAAAUGAAGUCGAAAAUGGAUGACUACCAAGUAAUAGAGCAGAUUGGAAGAGGAGCUUUUGGGGCUGCAUUUCUUGUUCAUCAUAAAGCUGAGAAAAAGAAGUAUGUAUUGAAAAAGAUUCGUUUAGCUAAACAAACCGAGAAGCUUAAACGUACAGCACAUCAAGAGAUGAAUUUGAUAGCAAAGCUUCAUAAUCCAUAUAUUGUGGAGUACAAGGAUGGAUGGGUGGAAAAGGAAUCCUAUGUUUGUAUUGUCACUAGUUAUUGUGAGGGAGGAGACAUGGCUGAGAUGAUAAAGAAAAGUAGAGGGACAUUCCUUCCAGAAAAGAAGCUUUGCAAAUGGCUGACACAACUGUUGCUGGCAGUCGACUACCUCCACUCUAACCGUGUCCUUCACAGGGAUCUGAAAUGCUCUAACAUUUUCCUUACGAAAGACAACGACAUUCGGUUAGGUGACUUUGGACUAGCAAAACUGCUAAACAAAGAGGAUCUCACUUCAACGGUUGUGGGCACUCCAAACUACAUGUGCCCAGAGCUUCUUGCGGAUAUACCAUAUGGCUACAAAUCAGAUAUAUGGUCCCUAGGUUGCUGCAUGUUUGAAAUAGCUGCCCAUCAACCUGCAUUCAGAGCUUCCGAUAUGGCGGGGCUCGUCAACAAAAUCAAUCGAUCCUCCAUUUCUCCACUCCCAACAGUGUAUUCCUCUACUCUGAAGCAAGUGAUCAAAACCAUGCUAAGAAAGAACCCAGAGCACAGACCAACAGCUGCAGAGCUGUUGAGGCAUCCACAUUUACAACCAUAUCUUGUCCAAUGCCAGAAUCUAUCUCCUGUCUUUCUCCCAGUAAAGUCUGAACAAAGCGUCAAGGGUAAGCCAAAAGGAAGCCCUUUUUCCAACAAAUAUGGCAGUGGGAAUUCCAAAGGUGAAAGGGCAAGCCCCCCAAAAGAGUUGGGAAUUGUUCACCAUGGAAAAGCUGAUGCAUUUAUGGUACAUCUUCUUGCAAAUGAUGCCAGUAACUCAAGAAUAAUCUUGGAGUGUACAUCAAGUGCUCAUCACAAAGAAGCACAACAAGAAUUUACCUCUGAGUGUUCCGAGGUAUUGCAGGAGCAGGAACCAUUUCAACUUAUUGAAGAAGCUGGUAGAGAAGGUAAGAUUGAUAAUGAGAGCCAUUACAGGAGAUUGGAAAUUGUGGAUUCCAUAGGUAAUGGUGCUCUUACUAGUUACAAAAAGGCAGAGACAAAUAACAGCUUUGAACAUGACAAGAUGCUCAGGCGCUGUUCACAUGCGGGAAAAAAUCCCGACUUGUAUUCAGUGAGUGCUCCGCAAAAGACAACAUUACCAAGUAGAAGGAUACUUCCAUGCGGAAAUCAAGUUAGAGCAAAAGAACAUAACUUCAGCAGUUCCAAGCAAGUGAGGAAAGAAAAUAUGCAAGAGCUAAGCAGAAGUACUUCUGACUUCUCAAUAAUGAGUACGCUAACCAUACUGCAUGAUUAUGAAAGAAAGAUCAAGCAGGAUCCUCAGAGCCAACAAAGAGCAGAAGCUCUGGAAUCGCUGCUGGAGAUUUGUGCAAGUUUACUUAGGCAGGAAAGACUUGAGGAACUUGCCGGUGUGCUAAGACCAUUUGGGGAAGAAGCUGUCUCAUCAAGAGAAACGGCAAUUUGGUUGACAAAGAGCCUAAUGAAUGCUAAAAGCAAAAUACCAAUGGACCAUAGAAAAUGAUAACUUAAACAAUCGACCAAUACAUGGUAGUAACUAUUGGUUCACCAAGUAGGUAACUUAUGCUUUCAAUCUGAUAUAGAUUUGUCUCCAUCUGUACGUGUCUCUCAGUUAAGCAUCAUGUUUGUAGAGCAACAUUUUCUCAUAUGUUGCUUAAAAAAUGCCAUGAUUAGACAUCUACUGACAGCAUAAUCUGUACAUUGUAUUCAUAUUUUGAACCACAGAAGUAUUGCUGAUUUUUGCCUA